CCUUGGGGUAACACAUACGGAGUACUAUAUGGUAUACAUGUACAUACUGUACGUAAUAGUGGCAGGACAUGCCUCGGGUCAGUCAGGGGGGGUAGGGGGGGUAGCUGCUAGCAGGCUGCCCACGUUCGGUUCGGCAGACGAGGCAAGCUUCAACUGAAGCACGUCGUGUCACAGAUUCCCAAAAUAAAUUCCAGCAAUGACACUGCGUUCGUCGUCGCCGUCGCCGUCGAUUCCCCUCGCCAACGCAAUCCCGCCGAACAUCCGGUGACCAGAGCCAGAACCAAAUACGUAGCAAGAUAGCACAACGCAAUAAAGUCGGAACUCGAGAGAGGCAUGGAGCCCGCAAUCAUCGACCCCGCGACUGGCCGCGCCUUGCCGGCCGACGCCAUCCAGCGCAUCCUGCACAUCUCGCGGGCCGUGCACGUCUACAACAUCCCGCCCAUGACGUCCACGCGCGGGCACACGGCGGCGACGUGGACCGAGGACCCGACGCGGCACAUUUUCACGUGCCGGGCGCGCAUCAUCGAGACGGCGAUCCCGCGGCCCGGCUCCGACAGUAUCAACAACAACGACCCGGCGCAGGACGUUAAAGUCGACGUAAUCCUCGAGGACGCCGGGACGGGGCAGCUGUUCGCGGCGGCGCCUUACACGUCGGCGGCUGUGGUUGAGCCGGCGCUGGACAGCAGCCGGUUCUUCGCGGUCCGGGAGCGCAGCGAGGCGUUCGACUUUAGCAUUGCGCUGCAGGAGGCGCAGAAGGCGCUGGGCUUCAAAGGUAAGGCUAGUGGUUGCGGCGGGCAGCAGCAGCAGCAGGACAAAAAGGACUACAGCCUCAAGGAUGGCGAGACCAUCACGGUCAACCUCAGCGGCACAAAGUUUGGCCGCAGGGCAGCGGCCAGAACUCAGGAGCCGUCCCCGACCGCCGGGACGGCAAGUCUGUCGUCGUUUGCCUUGGCGCCUCCGCCGUCGGCAGCGGCACCGGCGCCGACGUCAAGUAACGCCUUCCUUCCCCCGCCUCCGUCCGCCCAGGAGAUUAGGGCGCAAAAGAGAAUGUCUGCCCAGAACCUGGGGUUUGAUGACGGGAAAUUUGGCGAGUUUGCCUAA